AUUUUUUUUCUCCCCAAUGUUCGUUGCUUUUAUUUGUCCCAACUCCCAAAAACACUAAAAUUUAGUGCAUUUCUUCAAAAAAAAUUGCUUUGGAUGCUGCAAAAUUUCUUCUUGUUCUUCAACACACUCUACUUGCUGCAUUGCUGCCAUCAAAUUUCCAAAUAAUUUGCUUUCUCCUUCAAUUGUAUUCAAAAUUUACAGAAAGUAAGUAUGAUUUGUUCACAGUAGAGUUUACUGCAUUCUCUUUGCGGCCAUGAAAGUCACUUCAGUUAAACCACACUUUUUCAAACCCCUUCUCCCAGGUUUCAAGAAUAGUCUGUUUUAUGUUGUACUGCAGAAAAUUCCAGAUGGUUUCUUGAAGUAUUUGGAAGGAUGUGAGGAAAAGGGACAUGCAAUACUGAAGAAGGGUGGUAAGAAGUGGGUGGUGAAGCUAAAUGGACAGAAACUGGACGAGGGUUGGGGACAAUUCACGGAGGAGCAUGAUUUGAAGUUAGGAGAUAUGUUGAUUUUUAGACAUGAAGGAGACUUGGAAUUUGGUGUUUCCGUCUUUAAUUUAAGUCAUUGUGAUAGAGAAUAUGCAGAGUAUUUGCAAGAAGAAGAAGAAGAAGAAGAAGAAGUAGUUCGUACUAUUGAAAAGACUUCCAAGAAUGUUGAAUUCAAAGAAGGCGCUACUCACACCCCUUUUGGUCAAUCUCAGUUUAUAUGCACUGUUAAGCCGUAUUGCCUUAGAAAUGGUUACUUGCGCGUUCCUUGUAAAUUUGCGAAGGCAAAUGGUCUCACCAACAAAGAAUGUGGUUUGAUUAUUAGAGAUGAAAGACAAAGGUCAUGGAAUUUAAGGAUAUAUACCUCUUGUUCUCAAGUCUAUAUUGGAGGAAGAUGGAGUGAAUUCCGUGCUGCGAAUGACAUAAAGAAGGGAGAUCAAAUAAUGUUUGAGGUUGUUACUAAUGGAGAACAACCAAUCUGGAACUUUCAUGAAUAUGCAAAGAAUUUGCAACAAGAAGAAACCGAAGCCCAUACUUUUGAAGAGACUUGCAAGAAAUUCGAAUCGGAAGAAGCUGCUCCUCAUGACCCUUCUGGUCAAUCUCAGUUUGUAUGCACGGUGAAACAGUAUUUCCUUACAAAUGGUUACUUGCGCAUUCCUAGUAAAUUUGCGAAGGAAAAUGGUCUCACCAACAAGAAUUGUGGUUUAAUUAUUAGAGAUGAAAGACAAAGGUCAUGGAAUUUAAGGAUAUAUACCUCUUGUUCUCUUGUCUGUGUUGGAGGAAGAUGGGGCCAAUUCUGUGCUGCGAAUGACAUAAAGGCGGGAGAUCAAAUAAUGUUUGAGGUUGUUACUAAUGGAAAACAACCAAUCUGGAAAUUUCAUGAGCUAACAAACCCCAGCACUGUUGAAGAGCCUUCCGAAAAUUCUGAAUUCAAAGAAGCUGCUCCUCACAACCCUAUUGGUCAAUCUCAUUUUGAAUGCUUUGUUAGACCAUAUUGCAUUUCAAAGGGUUACUUGCGCCUUCCUAAACAAUUUGCCAUAGCAAAUGGUCUCAUCAACAAGAAAUGUGGUCUGAUUAUCAGAGAUGAAAGAGAAAUAUCAUGGAAUUUAAGGCUAUAUACCCACAAUUCUAUAGUCCAUAUAUUGGGUGGAUGGAGUGAAUUCUGCGUUGCAAAUGAAUUAAAGGAGGGAGAUUAUAUGAUGUUUGAGGUGGUUGUGAAUGGAGAAAAACCAAUAUGGAAAUUUCACGACAAACCAACUCCCAGCAUCAUGUCAUCAAGAAAGGCGUUUCCCCAUGUAGAAGCUGCUAGUGACAAGCCUUCUGACCAUUCUCGUUUUGUAUGCACUAUUAAACCAUAUUGCCUUACAUAUGGUUAUUUGUGCCUUCCAAAACAAUUUGCACUCAGAAAUGGUCUCAUCAGGAAGAAAUGCGAUGUGAUUAUUACAGAUGAACGGCAAAGGUCGUGGAAUUUAAUUUUACGUCCUUUUGGUACUAGUGUGUGUAUUAGAGGUGGAUGGGAUAAAUUCCACGAGGCAUAUUGCUUAAAGGAGGGAGAUCGCAUAAUGUUUGAGGUGGUUACAGAUGGAGAGAAACCACUAUGGAAAUUUCAUGGAGGUUCUUACAAGGUAAAAAGGGCAUCCCGAUGCACAAAACAUCCCACAUUAGCAGGGGUCCGGUGAAGGGGUAGACCCCAAGGGGUGUGAUGUAGACAAUCUACCCCAAUGCAAGCAUUAAUGAUUGUUUCCACUGCUCGAACAAUGCAAAAUUUCUUGGGAGAAUGUAAGCGUCAUUGAAGAAUGAAGCAGUUGGUGAUGGAAAAGAAAAAGCAACACUGAAGCAAUUAAACAAAAUGUAUCUCUCUUUGGUUGAUUCAAUUAUAUGGUGUACAACCUCAACAAAGCAUGUUAUUUUUUCUCCGGAACUUCGUUGAAUCGCUAUACCCUUGCCUAGCGGUCAAUGAAGUGGGUGAAAUUUGGAGACUAGAGUUUAAAUCUCGACAGAGACAACAAACAAAAAAUGAUAGGUGGUUUCUUCCUAUCUGUCUAAACCUUGUCGGGUAGAGUUACUAGUAUAGGAUGUAAGCUAUCGAUCAAGAAUGCCACUAAAAUAAUGUCAAAUAUCUCUAACAUGAUUUAACAAAUUUCUAUGGUGUCAUGCUAAUUUUGUAAAAAUAGUUCUAAUCUUGAUUGGUGUUGAAAUACCCUAUCUCUA